UGGGUAUAGGACAGAUGAGUGCCGCAGCAAGGGUGGUGCUGAUCAAAAGAAACGAGUGGAUGUUACCGAUGCAAUUGUUCCCUCGUGCAGGGGCGACGCCGAACUCAGAUGACCAUAAGCGGUGAAUUCGGACCAACAGUGAUGGGCGUUCCGCGGAUAAGCUGAUCUGAUUCUGAUAUUAUCCUAGUCCAUAAGAGAGAGAGCCUGCAGAGGAGGACAUGCGAGGCCGACCUCCGCAUGUCAAGUGGAAAAUUGGACGGGACAUACGUAAGAAAUGAAAAGUAAAAUAAAAUAAAAAUUUUACCGCGACCCUGGAUGGUUGUUCCCACGGCAUGGGAGUCCGUCGAUAUAACCUCGUCCCCGGUGGAGGGCUUCACCAGCAAAGCUGUCCGGCCUCCACCAAGUUUCUCUCCGCCGUCUCGUCCGCCGUCCACCCCAUGUCCACCCUGGCAACCGCCCUUGCUGGCCUCGCCUCAAAGGCACAGGCAAGGAUGUCCCGCUCCCGCUUACACUCCUGCGAAUACGAAUCUACAUCAGACGCGUCCUCGUUGGCAGAGGGUUCGACACGCUCACCUUCUACUCGCCGCUUCCAUCUUGCACUCCCUUCCACUCUGCGACCUAACGAGCACCUCGCUGUCCUUCUCCCAAAGAACCUCUGGAAGCCUGAUGCACUGGCUUCCAACUGCGACAACUUUUCUUGUCGCGUGCCUUUUUCGCUUCUAGAGCGUCGUCAUCACUGCAGAAAGUGUGGUGGCGUGUUCUGCCAACAAUGCACUUGCCGUACAACUCAUCUCCUUGACGUCUCAAAUCUCGACUUCCUCUUCCCCCCACGUAAUACACCUAUCACCACGUUUGACAGCCCGACGUCACCAGUCGUUUUCGAAAAGGUGUGCGACGAUUGUUGGGACCAAAUCUACGGCCUAUCCCGUACCCCUGACUCUCGGCCGUCAACCCCAAUGUUGGUCUCUUCUCCCUCGACAUCCUCCUCUCCAUCUCCGACUUCCUCCAUUUGUGCUUCCCCAAUAGAGCACCAGCCAAGUCUGCCGUCAACUGGUGUUUCUGUCACGCGUAGCUCCUCCCAAUCAAGUGCAAGGAAAUUCCCGUUUCCAUCAGUGCAGAAUUCGAUUAUCUCGGAUCUCGAGCCUACAUCUCAGCCUUCUUUCGGAGAACUGGAUGCUUACCCCUUGAGGCAAUCCAGCAUCAUCUGCAAGGCAACUGGUGGCGGUCGGUGGGAGCCGAAGAACUCGCCUCCAAGGAUUGGCUUGCGCAUACCGGGGUGCAAGGCACAAUAUGAAUUAGAGAUCGAAAGGGAAGAACAAGAGGAGCGGAGAAGACGUUUGAACCCUAUAAUACGAGACGGAGAUUUUCAAUAUCGAUUUAGGCCGGACCGAUCGAUAACUCCUGCAAGUCUAGCCAAAAGCCCGUGCCAACUUUCCACCUUCUGAUUCCACCCCCUCUUUUUUUCCGUCCUUUCUUGGUUCGUCGAUGCUUUCUUAGGGCUCUGUUGUACCAUCUGCCGUAUAUACCUGUUGUGCUUUCGCUUCCAUCCGCUGUGCGACAUCCUUAUUCCUAAUUGUGCCCUAUGUCCAUCUGGCUCUUAUGUCUCUAGGCCUUACAAGUUUACUGACGUAUGCCCUCGCUAUGCAUGCUUCAUAGUUACCCUACUUGUACUCAUUUGUGAAACAGCGUGUGUUAUUUAUCAUAUCGUGUAGUUUGUAGCCGCGAUGAUCAGUACAUACGAUACCACCACUUCACGCUUGUAACAUAAUGAAUUUGUUCCAUCAGUGGUCGUUUGCUUUGACGGCUUGAUUAUCUCGCAUCGAUGGCCAUAGAUUCGGAAAACCUGUC